GUUGCUAUCAAGACUUUAAACCCAAAAUGGAUAGAGCAAUUUGAUCUUCACAUGUAUUCUGACCAGUCAAAGAUGUUGGAAAUCACCGUGUGGGAUAAAGAUUACCAUAAUAAAGACGAUAUAAUGGGCAGAUGUACAAUUGAUCUAAAUACCUUGGAGAAAGAAACAACUCACAGGAUAUGGAAAAAUCUAGAAGAUGGAGCAGGAUCCAUCUUCUUUCUUCUAACUAUCAGUGGAACUCAAGGGACAGAAACAAUCUCUGAUUUAUCUGCAUGUAUAGUGGAUCCAAAUGAGAGAGAGAAAUGUGUUGCAAGAUAUGGGUUUCUGUAUAGUCUAAGAAAUCUAAAAGAUAUUGGGCACUUGACUGUUAAAGUAUUUAAAGCUCAAGGAUUAGCGGCAGCUGACAUUGGGGGUAAGAGCGACCCCUUUUGUGUGGUAGAACUGGUGAAUUCUCGACUGCAGACUCAUACAGAAUAUAAAACUUUGGCUCCUGAGUGGAAUAAGAUAUUCACAUUUCUAGUAAAGGACAUCCAUUCUGUGUUGGAGGUUACUGUGUAUGAUGAAGAUCGUGAUAAACGGUGUGAGUUUCUUGGAAAAGUUUCUAUUCCUUUGCUAAAGAUCAAGAAUGGUGAGAAACGAUGGUAUGCAUUAAAGGACAAAAAACUGAGAGGUCGUGCUAAAGGCCAGAUUCUUUUGGAGUUGGACAUUGUAUAUAACCCUGUAAGAGCAAGUAUUAGAACAUUCAAUCCCAAGGAAGUUAAAUACAUGCAAUCUGAGCAGAAGUUUAAAAGAUCGAUUUUUAUGAGAAAUGUACAUAGAAUGAAAACAAUGGCACUGGAUUUUGUUGAAGUGGCCAAGUUUCUUAAUAGCUGUUUUCAGUGGGAAUCUGCUCCACGAAGCAUUGUAGCUUUCAUUGCUUUUCUCAUCAUUAUUUACACAGUGGAGUUGUAUAUGGUGCCCAUUGUCCUUCUCUUAGUUUUUUUGAAGAAUUACAUCAUUAUCACUGUGACAGGGCUAAGCUUUAUUAAUCGUGAUGAAGAAGAGGUAGAUUUUGAAGAUGAUGAUGAAGAAGAAGAAGAUGAUGGUAAAGAUACUAAGGGGGAAGAAAAGAAGUCCUUGAAGGAGAAGCUUCAAGCAGUGCAGGAAGUGACAGCAAUGGUUCAAAAUAUCUUAGGAGAAAUUGCAUCUAUGGGGGAAAGAGCAAAAAAUACAUUCAAUUUUAGUGUCCCAUUUUUGUCAUGGUUAGCCAUCUUUGUUUUAACAGUGGGGACAGUAGUCUUGUAUCAUGUCCCAAUUCGUUACAUAUUUAUGGCUUGGGGAAUCAACAAAUUUACUAAAAAACUGCGCAAUCCACAUGCAGUACCAAACAACGAACUUUUGGACUUCCUUUCCAGGGUCCCUGAUAAUGAUGAAAAGAUAAUGUACAAGGAUAUUAGACCAAAUGUUAGCCUUUUGACAGAAGCUGAUAAGAGAAAGACAAAGAAAACAAGCUGA